CUGUUUGGCUCCGUUGUUUUCACUGUCAUGCCCUUUUCUUAUUUUUAUUUUUCUUCUUUAUGUCAGUUUUUCACAGACCCCUGUGCCAGCAGCCCCUGUCUCCAUGGAAACUGCAGCCGGAGCGACGGCGGGGAGGAGGGGGAGCCCUCCUACACCUGCGAGUGCACGGAGGGUUACGAGGGAGAGAGGUGCGAUCAGAUCUUACUGGAGCUGCCCCCCGCAGACUGGGACCCCGCCACCCCCUCCGCGCCCGAACUGGCCACCCCCGUGGCCUCCACCACCCUGGCGGCCACUCAGCCGCAGCAGCCGACCACGGCCCCCUCCACAACCACGCCGGCCGCUCCCACCCUGCAGCCAUGGCAACCCAAACCCGGGCAGAGGAUCCUGGUCGUGCCGUGGGAGGCAGACAGAGUGACCGAGGGUCUCCACUGUGUCAGCCCUGAACUCUGUGAACUGACGUCCGGCACUCUGACUCUAUCUCUGGAGGUGCCUGAAGAGACGGCCGUAAAGGUGCUUGUGAAUGCUAACGGAGCUCCGGUGCUGUGGCGUGUGAGUGAGGACGGUUUCCUGCGCUCCUCCAUACUGAACGGCACCACGAUGUGGUUCCUGCAGGCCUCCGAUGGCCUCGUGGUCCCCGACCACUUGCUGCCCCUGGGACAGAACUACUUCCUCAGUGUGGUGCGUGUGGGUGCCCCCACAGCUCCGGAGGUCACCCUGCGUCUCAACCUGACGGUGAAGGCCAGCAGCUGUGUGGAGCCUGGUAGCAGCUUCAGUGACCCUCAGUGCUCCGGGAAGGGUAAAUGCAUCACACAGCCAUCCGAGAGCACUUUCUUCUGCGAGUGUGAGGACGGGUACACUGGAAUUUUCUGUGAGGAAUUUGACGCCUGCCACCACCGACCCUGUCGCAAUAAUGGCACCUGCUCUGACAUCAGGCAAGGCGGCGAAGGACACAACUUCACCUGCAACUGCCAACCAGGUUAUGAAGGGGAGCGCUGCCAGUUGCUGGUGAACCACUGCCUCUCCCAGCCCUGCAAGAAUGGAGCCACCUGUUUCAGCAGCCUGGCCGGGCCCAGGUGCUACUGUCCCGAAGGUUACCAAGGUGCUACGUGUGAGCAGAAGGUGGACCCGUGUGCCUCCAGCCCCUGUCACAACAACGGCAGCUGCUUCGCCCAGGGCCCCGGGCCCCUGGGCUUCGGCUGCAGCUGCCCGGCGGGCUUCACGGGGCCCACCUGUGCCCAGCUGGUGGACUUCUGCGCCCUGAACCCCUGCGCCCACGGGGUGUGUCGCAGCGUGGGAAACAGCUACAGAUGUCUGUGCGUCCCAGGUUACCAUGGCUUGUAUUGUGAGGAGGAGUAUAAUGAGUGUCUGUCGGCACCCUGCCAGAACUACGCCACCUGCAGGGAUCUCAUCAAUGCCUACGAGUGUGUCUGCACAUCACAGUUUGAAGGCAGACACUGUGAAAUCUAUAAGGACCCGUGUCUGAGGAUGCACUGCCAGAAUGGAGGGCACUGCGAGAGCAAUGGUCUUAACGCUUCUUGUGCAUGCCCACCUGGAUACCUGGGAGAGAAGUGUGAGGUUGACAUCAAUGAGUGUGAGAGCAGCCCUUGUCACCAUGGUGGCACCUGCAUCGACCAAUCAAAUGGCUUCACCUGCCACUGUCCACCUGGGUGGGUUGGCCCCAGCUGUGAGAUCUAUCUGCAGUGGAAGCCAGCACACACCGAGGAUACCCUGACCAACAUGCCCCGCCACUCCCUUUACAUCAUCAUCGGAGCUCUGUGUGUGGCCUUUGUCCUGAUGCUCAUCAUCCUCAUCGUGGGCAUCUGCCGCAUCAGCCGCAUCGAGUACCAGGGCUCCUCCCGCCACGCCUACCAGGAGUUCUACAACUGUCGCAGCAUCGACAGCGAGUUCAGCAACGCAAUAGCCUCCAUCCGCCAUGCUCGAUUUGGAAAGAAGUCACGUCCCGCCAUGUACGACGCCACUCCCAUCGCCUACGAGGACUACAGCCCCGACGAUAAGCCUCUGGUCACCCUCAUCAAGACAAAGGAUUUGUAAAAACAACAGAGCAAUUUUAAAAGCUUCGCAAGAUCAAAAGAGCUGAACAUGUACACAUUUGCACACACGUCAGAGCAGUUCAAAAAUGAAAGUAUUUCCUAAUAAAAAAACAAAAACUGCAACAGCAAAACAAAAUCGAAUGUAAAGAUAAAAAAAACAAAACAUACUGUCGUUUAAAAAGAACAAAUCUGGAAUUUGAUAAAUCUAUUUUCCUGUCAAAGUCCAAGACAAGGCUUUAUUGUAGCAUAAAAGUAUACUUUGCGUUAAGUUAUAGAAGACAGGCAACGCUACCAAUAAUCCCUGCUGUACAAUAGAAUAGCCCGACUAUAGUCUGCACCAGACUGUCUAUCUGUAGGCGGGUUCCGAAACCCAGCUUUAACUCAGCAGACAGCGCUGACAACCGUCCUUAGCGGUGUAGUAGAAAUAGAUGCAUCACACGGUGCACUCACUGUAUCUUUUUCCACGUCAAAAACGAAACAUCUGCUGUAGGUUGCCUUACUUUUUGCAUGGUUAGAUUUGAUGUUCUACGCAAUAUUUUACAAUCCUUUGUUCUUGGUUGUCAAUUGAUAGUUGGCUCCCCACUCUGUCAAGAAUGUGCCAAAUGUUUUAUUUGUGUAUUUUGUGGUUAGUAGACAAAAUACAUAUAUGUGUAAAAUACUAGUCACGGAUUUUUCCUCCUUACAGUAGAACACACUCAGUAUUGUCCUGUUGAAUAGUAAAGAAAGUGCGUGUGCUGGAGUCAUGUGACCCUACCAAGCUUCUGUAAGUAUCUAAAUGAUGUUUAGGGUAAUAGGUAGGUAUAUUUUUCACUGCACAGAAAAAUAGUCAGUUUAACUCAGUGUUCCUUUUAUCAAAUCCACUAUAAUUAAUGACAGUCAAGUUGUUUCAGGUUGCAAGUUUCUUGAAAGAAAAUAGCUGGCUUUAGGGUGGAGAAGGUGGAGGAGGAGGCUGAGAGGGGUGGUUUCAACUCCAGAAUAUACUUUACGUGCUUCUGUGUUCUGCCGGUGGAAAACUUUUCUAUCUGUGCAGCUGUGUCGCUCCACUCAAGGCCAAGCAAUGCUUUACUCGGCUGAUCCAAUUUUUUUUCUCUCUCAAUUUAAUCGCAGCAACUACAUGAUUACCUAUUAUCUAUGUUGAAUUAUGUAAACAAUAAAAGAUCCAAGUGAACAGAAUCUGUGUGCAUUGUGUCCUGUGCGACCACUGGAAGGAGGCCGCUUGCUGAAUUUGGCUGCUUUGUUUUUGCUUUGUGCCGUUCUUUGUUACAUGGCACAUGUCAUAUUCAAAGCAGUGCUGUUUGAAAGCCUUUAACUUUAGUACCAAUAAGAAAAAGGGUCUUUUUUAUAACAAAAAAAAGAAAUCUUUCUCUCAACACACAAA